UGCACUGAAAAGUUCAUUUAAGUAACAAAUAAACGAUUGUUCAUUCAGUUUUGCGUUAGAAUUGCAACGAGAAGGACGUGCAAAAUGUUUUCUGGCAUCAUAAUUUUCUUUGUUGUACGAAGUUUGUGGAUUUUCUAUCAAUUUUUGAAGAGAAAACAUAAUUAUUGGAUAGCUCGAGGUGUUGUUGGACCAAAACCAACGUUUUUAAUUGGAUCCUUUCCGAGUAUAAUCAACAAAUGGAGACAUAAUUUGGAUGAGAUUUCAAUUUUGUACGAAAAGUUCAAGGACAAAGCCCCAUUUAUUGGCAUCUAUUAUGGCCUUAAACCAGCUUUAAUGAUACUUGACCCCCAAAUCGCUCGAAGUAUCAUGAUUUCAGACUUCAGUCACUUUACUGAUACUGUCGGAAGUUUCAGCAUUGACAAAGAAAUCGACCCAUUAAUCGGAUUAAAUCCAUUUUUCUUGAAAGGAGAUGAAUGGAAAGAAAAACGAAGUGAAAUUUCACCUGCUUUUAGCAACACAAGGAUCAAAUUUAUCUUUCCUUUGAUGGAAAAAUCAGCCAUUCAAUGCAUCGAAACUCUACUAAAAAGCAAUAAAAAUUUAAAAAAUUUAGAAAUGCGUGAAAUUUGUGCUGAAUUCACAACUAACGUUGUUGCAUCUUCAGUUUUGGGCGUCGAAACUUGUAAAAUCAACUCUUACAACUUACGAAAUUUAUCGAAAAAUGUCUUGAAACCAUCAUUCCGACUUGUUUACGUGCUAUUUUUGGCUCCUUUCUUCCCUGGAAUUGCAAAACGAUUAAAAGUCAAGUUAUGUCGAGACCGAGAAGAGAAUUUACUGAAGAAGUUAUUCACAGAAGCAGUUAAAAAUCGUCCUGAAAAAUCACGAAACGACUUUUUAGACACAAAACUUUUUUCGUAA